AUGAAAUCUCACUUCCUCGCCUUGUCCCUUGCUAUUGCAUUGGGUACAGCUGCACCGCUCUCUGUAGGCAAAGCUGUAAAUAUGAGAGAAGAAAUCCCUGACGCUGUCAGGCCCCCUGAGUGGAAGAGGGACGGUACCUCUGAGACCGACGCCGUCAGACCCCCUGAGUGGAAGAGGGACGGUGCCUCUGAGACCGACGCUGUUAGGCCCCCUGAGUGGAAGAGGGACGGUGCCUCUGAGACCGACGCCGUCAGGCCCCCUGAGUGGAAGAGGGACGGUGCCUCUGAGACCGACGCCGUCAGGCCCCCUGAGUGGAAGAGGGACGGUACCUCUGAGACCGACGCCGUCAGGCCCCCUGAGUGGAAGAGGGACGGUACCUCUGAGACCGACGCCGUCAGACCCCCUGAGUGGAAGAGGGACGGUGCCUCUGAGACCGACGCUGUUAGGCCCCCUGAGUGGAAGAGGGACGGUGCCUCUGAGACCGACGCCGUCAGGCCCCCUGAGUGGAAGAGGGACGGUGCCUCUGAGACCGACGCUGUUAGGCCCCCUGAGUGGAAGAGGGACGGUGCCUCUGAGACCGACGCCGUCAGGCCCCCUGAGUGGAAGAGGGACGGUACCUCUGAGACCGACGCCGUCAGACCCCCUGAGUGGAAGAGGGACGGUGCCUCUGAGACCGACGCUGUUAGGCCCCCUGAGUGGAAGAGGGACGGUGCCUCUGAGACCGACGCCGUCAGGCCCCCUGAGUGGAAGAGGGACGGUGCCUCUGAGACCGACGCCGUCAGGCCCCCUGAGUGGAAGAGGGACGGUGCCUCUGAGACCGACGCCGUCAGGCCCCCUGAGUGGAAGAGGGACGGUGCCUCUGAGACCGACGCCGUCAGACCCCCUGAGUGGAGACUUGCAUAA